AGCCGUGGUAGCGGCCGCACUCUGCAGGGCUGGCCGGGCAGGAUGCAACCACCGAGCUGCCGCGGGCAUGGGUCCGGCUCUGCAAAGGCACAUUGGCACUGGAAUCUCCCUUUAGUAAUGAGAAUGUGACUGUGGCCCUGUGGGCAGUGAGUUGAAGCAUUCCUUCAAGCCAUUCCCAUUGUGGGACUUGGGGUUCCCACUCUGGGGCACUCUCAGCUGCAGCUCUAACCCGGGAUGGCUUUCCGAAGAACUGAAGGCAUGUCCGUGAUCCAAGCUUUGGCCAUGACAGUGGCAGAGAUACCCGUGUUUCUCUACACGACCUUUGGACAGUCGGCAUUUUCUCAGCUACGACUAUCUCCGAGCCUGCGGAAGGUGCUCUUUGCUACAGCGCUAGGGACAGUGGCCUUGGCUUUGGCUGCCCACCAACUGAAGCGGCGUCGGCGACGGAAGAGACAGAUUGCCCCUGAGAAAGGAGGCGGGAAGCCUGGAACUGUUCCUAUCCCAGUCUUUAUGGCCAGAAGGGUUCCAUCAGUGAAGAAAGGCUAUUCCAGCCGAAGGGUCCAGAGUCCCAGCAGCAAAAGCAAUGACACCCUGAGUGGCAUUUCCUCUAUUGAACCCAGCAAGCACUCAGGCUCCUCUCACAGCCUGGCCUCGAUGGUGGCAGUGAACUCCUCUAGCCCAACAGCUGCAUCUUCGGGGCCCUGGGAUGCUAGAGUAACUGAAGAGUCAGGGGCUGCUGGUGAUGCAAAUGCAGAGAACCUCUACAUUCAAGGAAUGGAGCUGUUUGAGGAAGCAUUGCAGAAAUGGGAGCAGGCCUUGAGUAUUGGACAGAGGGGAGACAGUACUAGCACCCCCACACUCUGGGACAAUCUCAAGAGUCCAGAGACCAUCUCUGAGGUGCUCUCGGAGCCAGAGUCCCAGAAAAAAGAGUUUGCUGAAAAGCUAGAAUCUCUACUACACCGAGCAUACCACCUCCAGGAGGAGUUUGGCUCCACAUUCCCAUCAGAUAGUAUGCUCUUGGACCUAGAGAGGACACUCAUGUUGCCUCUGACAGAAGGUUCUUUGAGACUUCAGGAAGAUGAUGAGGGCAGUCUUUCCUCUGAAGACUCUUUCUUCUCUGCUGCAGAGCUGUUUGACUCCCUGCAGGUAGGAGAUCUCCCUUUUCAGCUCUCUAGGCCAGCUGCAGCAUAUGAGGAGGCCUUGCAACUGGUGAAAGAGGGGAAGGUUCUCUGUCGGACACUGAGGACAGGACUUCUGGGUUGCUACAGUGAUCAGGACUUCUUAGCUAAACUACACUGUGUCCGGCAGGCCUUCCAGGGACUUCUGCGAGAUGAAAGUAACCAGCUGUUCUUUGGGGAGGUUGGGAAACAAAUGGUGAUGGGCCUGAUGACCAAAGCUGAAAAGAACCCAAAGGGCUUCUUGGAGAGCUAUGAGGAGAUGUUGAAUUAUGCCCUGAGACCAGAGACCUGGCCUACCACACAGCUGGAGCUGGAGGGGCGGGGGGUGGUAUGCAUGAGUUUCUUUGACAUCGUGCUGGAUUUCAUACUCAUGGAUGCCUUUGAGGACCUGGAGAACCCUCCCUCCUCUGUGCUUGCUGUCUUGCGAAAUCGCUGGCUCUCCGACAGCUUCAAGGAAACGGCUCUGGCCACUGCCUGCUGGUCAGUUCUGAAAGCCAAGAGGAGGCUUCUGAUGGUGCCCGAUGGCUUCAUCUCCCAUUUCUACUCCGUAUCGGAGCAUGUUAGCCCCGUUCUUGCCUUUGGCUUCCUAGGGCCCAAGCCACAGCUGGCUGAAGUAUGCACUUUUUUCAAGCAUCAGAUUGUGUACUACCUGAAGGACAUGUUUGACCUGGACAACGUGCGCUACACCACCGUGCAGUCGCUAUCGGAGGACAUCCUUCAGUUGUCUCGCCGACGCAGUGAGAUCUUGUUGGGUUACCUGGGAACAGAACCUGUCCGUGAGAUGAACGGGAUGUUGCCCCAUGAAAAUGGACCCCUGGGGGAGCUUCAUUAACCGCCACGCCACCCUGAGGAGGGCUGACUCCUCUCCUCUGUCGUUCUCCACUGUGGCAAUGGGUGCUUGCUCUCUCCUGAGUUACAUGAGUAGCUGCGGCUUAGCCCAGCCCCUGGCUUCACUUGGUCCUUCUGCUUGCCCUCCGUGGAGGGAUCUGCCAAGCCAGUGUCUUGGACCAGUCGAUUGCUUCCUAUUUUCCCUUGCAUUGGAAUUCUAGGCCCCAGAUCUCAGCUCAGAAGGACCAAUUUGUGAUGCCCCUCUCCUCCCCUCCUGUUUGUCCCUAUAUAUCAUACAGUGGCAGUUCCCUGGCCGUGGCCAGGAAGCUCACAUGUCUCUCCUCAGCCUCUUUCUCCUCAGGAACCAGCUGGCAAUGCCUUGUUUGUGAGGCUGGCAGUAAAGGUCAGCACAGGUGUCUAUCUGUGCAUCACUAGGUGGGCUUAGACGUGCAGCUGGGAUAAUGUCCCUUGUGAGGUGAGGCAGGGAGGCGAGGGACAAGUGAGCUUCUUGGGAGACUGAGAAUGAUGGAGGCUCUCUGCCCCACCCUCUUCAGACUGGCUCUGCCAUUGGCCAAAGCUGAGAGGAUCCCGUGCUCUGGAUUGUGCCAUUGGGUACGAUGGUGUGAAAGUGAUGGAGGGAGGAAAGCUGUGAAAUAGAUUGAGCAGUGAGAGCAGGAAGAAGAGUCACGUGUGACAGGGAGAAGAAAAGAAAAGACACAAGGGUGGUGGGCAUUUAGCAGCCCCUUAGUUGGCUUCAGAGACAUCGUUUGAUGUGGAAUCACUGUGUCUGGGACAUUGAGACCAAGAAGCAGGUUUGCUGAAUCCAGAGUCUGAUGUCUUUAGGGAUUAAAAAGUGUACUCUGCUGCUGUGAGAGAGAGAUUGAGAGUACGAGAGAGGGUGAGUGAGUUUAAGGAGGGGGUGGAGAGUGAGUGAGUGUUGGGAGCUCAGUACAGAGGCUCCUGGGAAAUCUGGGCCAAGCCCAGAUCGGAAUUACUGCUGUUCCCAUUACUAAGGUGCUACAGGCUAGGGAGGAAGGAGCAAACACAGGUCUGGUCUGUGAUGAGGGAACUUCAGGUCUCUCAGGUUCCCAGGAAUCUGUACUGGUCCAGACAGAAAUAAGAGUAGUGACAAUUAGCUGUGGUAAAAUAAGAAUGAGAAACUGUAUAGUAGAGUGGAGAGAGGCAGCCUCAGAGUCAGGAAGACUGGGGUUCCCAUCCUGCUGUGUGGGUAUGGCCCUGGGUGAGGCACUAAACCUCUCAGGGCCCCAGGCAGUUUUCUAGGACUUCCAGUUGUGGGCCAGAGCUCCUCUGUUGAGAAUGAAGGACACUUCCUCACCGUGUAUAUGUUGGGUGGGGUGUCCAGGGAAGGGAGGAAGGGGUCAUGCAGCUUAGUGAGCAUGGGUGAGGGACACAGCUGCAUCAGAAAUCUGACAGGCUUUCUUCUUUCCCUGGGCUUAGGGCUCCUUUCCUAUUUCACCCACAGAAAAUAGCUUCAGAAGAACUUGGAGGUCUUAAUAAAAUGGAAACACAAGUGGCCGAGAGGGUGACAAAAACUACAUAGAGGGAACCUGAGAGAAGAGAGUAGAGGGAGAUAAGAAGGGUCACAGAAAGCUAGAGCUGGAAAGAGACAAGAGAUCAUUGAAUCCAGCUCUUUCAUUUUAUAGCCAAGGAAACUGAGGCCCAAGAAGUGAAGUGACUUGGCUCAGAGUCUAGUUGGUGGGGGAGCUGAGACUUCAAUUUAGAUUUUCUGAUUCUAGAUACAACCAUCUUUAUUAUACCACAGAUCUUUGGUCUGCUGAGCAGAGUAAAAAAAGGUUAUUUAGAGUUUGCCAAAUAUGUAUCAACACCCUGUCCCCUCCUUCCAGCAAGAAGGAAGCAGCCCUGAGGACAAAUCUUUUUUCUCCACUUUAUUAUAUUGUGUGGGUGUUGAGUUGAAGGUCCAUAGCCUCCUAGCCUCCACCUGGAAAGAUCCCUUGCAUAUUUAUUGGGUGUGUUACUUGGAAUAUUCCUUAGCUGAUGGACUUGGACCUUGAUCUGCAGAGUUUUAUUCCCUUACAUAUUGCACAAGCCCACUUAUACUCAUUGUAUUGACCUUAGUGUUCCAGCUCCUCCUAACCACCAAAGCCAGCCCACUAGCUUUGUCUGUCCCAAGGCCAGGUGAAUGCCUGCCAGCAUGGGGAAUGGGGUGCGGUAUUUGGAUGAAAUUCAUAAUGUUGGCCAAUGGGUAGAGUUUAACCAGCCACUCUUCCUUCGCCUGCCAACCAUACUUUUCUGAAGAAUUCAAACAUCAUUUCAAGAACCUUGGUUUUGCCAUCAUUUCCCCCACUAAAGAUUGUGAUGUUACACCAUCUCCACCAGCAAAGACUCCUGGAAGUCUCCCUGGAAAGAGUGGGCAAAAAGCCCUUUGGUGUCUUGAAGUGCUGUAGAGGCCAAUCCCCACAAAGCAGAAGGAGCUGCAUUUUUAACUCCUAGAAAUUCCCUUCCCAGCACCUGACAGUUGAUUCCCACCUGGGGAAGUGAAGUCAUCACUACCAAACCUAGGGCCUUUGUGCUCUGGCCCUUGCUCUCUCUGUGUGUCCCAUCCCUCAGCACUCUGUCCGACCAGCACUUUCUCUAUGAUUGGUCAGGCACUGGGGUUGGGGCUCAUGGCCUCAUAUGGAACAGGGCCGAUGUAUGCAAGAAAAGAUGAUAGGUAAAUGACAAGUUUCCCUUUACCCUUGUUUUUCUUGGGAAGCUUUUAAACAGAUGUAUUUCCCAGAACUUUUUAUUCAACCAGUGAGCAAAGCAAAUACUUUUUCAAUGUAGUCUAAGUUUAGAGAGCUGUUUUUGGUAUUCCAUUCAACACAGUUGGCCACUAUAGAUAAGUUACGUUAGCAUUUCUCUAAACUAUCCUCCUUUUCAAGAGUUUCUAUCUUAGCUCUGCAGACUCACUUCACUCACAGCGAUUACAGCAUUGGGCUUGAGCAGGACUUUUAAAAAUUGCCUUAAAAGGGGGGAGAAAAGUUGAAUUGUCCCUUGAAUUGAGACUUUAAAAAGUUGAUUUUUAUAUGUGUGGGAUUUCUUAAAAUCUCAAGAACUGUCUUUUUGGGGAAAGGGUCCUGAGUCAAAUUUUAAGGAGAAUAGAAAGAUUGGAAUGAGAUUUGCCUGUUCCUUCUCUGAGCCACCCAUGUUGCCCAGACUUCUAGAAGAUAUGAGCCCUGACCAUUCCAGCAAUUCAUAGCUCUCUUGAUUGUAAACUUGCCUCUACGGACAUCAGCCUGAAGAACCAGUCUCCUGGGAAAGCAGUAUGCUUUGUAGGUGGAGGCAGUCUUCCCUUAAUCUCCAUUUCUCAGAUGUGCUCUUUGUUGUCACUCUCACACAAUCAUUGAAUGUAAUCUUGUGCUUGAUUCCAUCCCCCUUUGCUUCCCUCUCUGAUCUCAUAAAGGUAUCAUUUCUCUUGAUUUUGUUUGUUUACAUAUUCAUGAACUGCCUCUGACUCUGAUUUGCAGCUUUUACCUUUUGUAUGGUAGAUGGAGUGUGUUGACUGAAGUCAAAUAAAAAAAAAAUUUUAAAACA